AUUGUAGCAGUUUCGCAGUUACACCAUAUCCCAUUGUAGCAGUUACAUCAUAUCCUGAAGGACUUGUGCAUCUAAGGAUUACCAGAGGCCAUGUACAAGAUUUACAACACUUGGAUAUUACAGCUAACAAGUACUGAGUGUUCUGAUGGGAACUGUCAGUAAACCUACACAGCUUUAAUGAAGCAGAUUUGCCAACGACUCUAGAUGCUUCCUCGACUAUAAUCUCCCCAAGAAUCACAGCAAAUUUUGACCUCGGAUAUUUAGAGUAUAUUUUUGAGCUAAAGAACUCCUGAUCCACUAGAAUGUUGAAGAGAAUGAAGAAAAUGUGUGAUUUGCGACACAUUCUUGUUUUGAACUUCCUUUGUUUGUUGAUCAAUCUAUUUUUCGCAGUAAUGCAACUUAACCAUGGCUUCUGGCCUCCAGAGACAUUUUACCAACCUGUGCUUACACCUAAAGAUCGUGAAUUAAUGAGAAAAACUUUGGAAGUUUUUGUCGGUGCAUUAGAAGCGGGAAAUAUUACUUACAUGAUGUAUGGAGGUACUUUGAUUGGAUCAUAUCGUCACCAUGGGCUAAUUCCUUGGGAUGAUGAUACAGAUUUCAUUCUCAACUCCACACAAAUAGAUGAUUUUAAGAAAGCCAUUGAGCCAUUAGGACCUGAGUUUCAGCUUUACGAAAGUGAUGCGUUACGUACAACUGGAUGGAAGUUUUACAGUAAGGCUGCCGGAAAAUUUACACACAGGUCUUUUAAAUGGCCAUAUAUAGACAUAUUCUUCUUUGAGGAGAACCAAACCCAUAUUUGGGAUGAAAACCCACAAUAUAAAUCAGAGUUUUGUUUUCAAAAGACUGAUGUGUUCCCAUUACAAAAGCGACCAUUUGAAGGGAUGACUUUAAAUGCACCAUGUAAAACAUAUGAAGUGCUAUCUACAAAUUAUGACAUCCAUAUGUGUGCCUCAAGGUCAUUUAGCCAUAUUAAUGAGCUUCCUCUAUUCACGUUCAGUCAGAAAUCUGUGCCAUGUAAAAUAUUGGAGGAUAAAUUCCCCUUUGUCAAACGUACCUGCUCCAAUGGGAUUGUGACAGAAAACUUAAAUGUAGCUGAAUGGACGUUACAAACAUUUCAGUUACCAGAAUCUUGUCAAAGUAGUUAUCCUUAAUUCUUAAUUAUGUUAACUAAGAAUUAUAAGCAAUGUGAACAAAAGAUGUGACCAACGUGAACUAAAAUAAGAACUUUUACAUAUUUGGACCAAAGAAAACUAGAUAUGACCAAUGUGAAACAAAGAAAACUGGAUUUGGAAAAUGAUAACCAAAGAAGAAAUCUUAGAUAUGACCAAUUUGAACCCAAGAAGAAAACUAGAUAUGUUCCAUCAGAAGAAAACUAGAUAUGAUCAAUAUGAACAAAAGAAGAACUCUUAGACAUGGCCGAACCAAAGAAGAAAACUAAGAUGUGACCAAUAUGAACAAAAGAAUCUUCGACAUGGCCAAUUUGAACCAAAGAGGAAAACUAGGUAUGAUCAGUGUGAACCACUUGCUGCUGAGACAAUCAUCAUGGUUUAUACACCUUACAUCAAGUUCCCAAAUUAUCUUCGUAGUACUGAUAUAUAAUUCAAAUAUUAGUGUACAUUUAUCAAAUUCAUGUUUGAGAGUGAGAAAAUCAAAGACUUUGCUAUAAAACAUGUUCCUUUGCAAAAUGUCUAUUGUUUAUAACUCUUGUAUGUUUUAUUCCAUAAGUCAAUCUUUGGCAGCAUUUAUCUGUAUGUUUUUCCAUUAUCAUUUACAGUAUAACAUAUUCCCGAGUUUACCUGUUAAUUCUUAUGCUCAACAAGAUCAGUAUUAGAUCAGUUGUUUGACUGGCCAGUUGUUUGUCAAUAAGAUCUGUGUAAUUGCUCAAUGUAUGGCAUAACAUGUAUGAUGCUUUAACUUCAAGAAAUAUAGCCUUUCAUCUUAGUGCAAAAACUAUAGAAUCAUAAUGGGCAAUUAUGGCAUCGAGGCACUCAUUUCUGGAGAACUUAUAGCCUGAUGUUUAUUUCUAGGAGUAUAAUAAAAGCUGUAAUUUUAUAUCCUAAAAUAACCCUAAGAUAUUUCACUCAUGAUACAUAGACCUUCUUUUCUUAAAAUACUUAGCUUGACAAAAUUUUAGUUAUACUGUUCUAAAAUUGAAAAAAACUGCUCACAGCUUUUUCAGUAAUUAAUUCACUUUCUUCUAUAUGAACAGAAAAUGAGUUUCAUGUCCAAGUCUAUUGGUUUUUUAAGAUACAUAUAAAUAUGAAUUUCAAAUAUAUGCUUUUCUGAUGAGAAAAAGAUAAGAUAUAAAGAUAUAAGACUGAGAUUUUAUAGUUUAUGGCUUAAUAUAUCAUUGGAUGAUUGAUUAUUGUUAAAAAACCAAUAGUGAUUGGAAUAUAGAACCAAGGUCAUUGUUAAAAUUAUAAUGUGUAAAAAGCAAAAAACAGGUAUUUUCAUUUGGAGGUCUGUAAUAAAAUGUCUUGCACAUGGUGUUCAAAAUGGUGUUCAACUGUAAUAUUGUCAGGGGAUGGAAAGGCGUAAGUAUUUUU